ACAAUUAGACCCGUGAGUUAUGGUUUUGAUUGUAUGGAUAUAUUUCAAAACCAUUUUUACUUGUCCCUACUCUCUUCAGAGCUCAACUGAUAUCCCGGUAGCCGCUGCAUCUUCUUUUCUUUUCCUUUUUUUGUUUUUGUUUUUUUUUUUCAGUGAAUUUUCACAUGGAAAAUGAGCCUUUGCUGCCGUACGCGAGUCCCAGAAAGAGAACACCUGCACUGUUUCCUCUCCCAGAAAACGAUGUAGCCGUCUCUCUCCCUCUCCCGUUAACCCCAUCAGAAUUCAAAGAUAGGCUCAUAUUUGGUCCCUCUCCUUCCUCUUCCCCUUCUCCCAUUGAAUCAUCUCCACUCCUCGAUGCCUUGUCUUCCUCCUCCCCUUCGUAUUCUUCUCAUGAAAACAUUACAACUCUUCAAGACCCUCUUUUACCACAACAAAACCAACUAAAUUCAGCAGACACUUCAAGUUCAACAGACCCAAACCUCACAUGGGAAAAAACCCAUCUCCACAGGUGCAAAACAGCUCCCGCUAUUGCAGUUCUAAACGAUGUUGUCCACCCUUCAAUUCCCAAGCCUCAAUUCGGUUCCCGAUCGGUUGUAAGGCAAGCUUUUGUUCUUUUACUGUUGUAUUUGUCAUUGGGUGUUGUCAUAUAUUGGUUUAAUCGUCCUAAUUUCGUGGGUCACGAAACUCACCCUAUUGUUGAUGCAUUGUAUUUUUGUAUCGUCACAAUGUGCACGAUUGGAUAUGGUGAUAUCAUCCCUAAUAGUGUGGCUACCAAGCUGUUUUCGAUUCUAUUUGUGCUGGUUGGAUUUGGUUUCAUCGAUAUUUUGCUUAGUGGGAUGGUUAGUUAUGUGCUGGAUUUGCAAGAGAACUACUUGUUGAGAACCGUUCAACACGAGGGUCGAAAGAAGGAUUCGGCUAGAUCUUACAUAAUUGAUGUGAGAAAGGGGAGAAUGAGGAUAAGAAUGAAGGUGGGAUUGGCACUAGGAGUUGUGGUUCUUUGUAUCGGAAUCGGUGUUGGUGUUAUGCAUUUUAUUGAGAAUCUUGGGUGGGUGGAUUGUUUUUACCUCUCUGUUAUGUCGGUCACAACUGUUGGAUACGGUGAUCAUGCCUUUAAGACGUUGCCCGGUCGGCUCUUUGCUGCUAUUUGGUUGCUGGUUUCGACUCUGGCUGUUGCUCGAGCGUUUCUUUAUUUGGCCGAGGCUAGAGUGGAUAAGAGGCAUAGGAGGAUGGCGAAAUGGGUGCUUGGCCAUGACAUGACUGUCUCGGAGUUUCUCGCUGCUGAUAUUGAUAACAAUGGAUUUGUGAGCAAAUCAGAGUUUGUUGUAUACAAGCUCAAGGAGAUGGAGAAGGUACCGGAAAAGGACAUUAUGCAGAUCUGCGAGACAUUUGACAGGCUGGAUGUCGGCAACUGCGGGAAGAUAACUCUUGCCGAUCUCGUUGAGAAUCAUCAUUAAUAUCUUAGCUUUUGCUCUGUUUUAUUCAAUGGGUGAAGUUGGUCAGAAAAUCAGCAACUUGAUUCGUGUGGAUAAGCCUUUAGAUGGU